UCAAGCGGAAGUAUUUCCAACAACACGGUGGGAUGCUUCUGCUGCACGAGAUAAGCCUAAAGCAAGGAACUGCCUUCACCGUCUUCACAGAAGCAGAGCUCAUCGAGGCGACUGACAACUUCGCUGACAAGAACAUCCUCGGCCGCGGUGGCUUCGGCACCGUCUAUAGGGGCCUGUUCAAGGACGACGGUGUCGUCGCGGUUAAACGGUGCGUCUCGUUGAUGGCCAGCGAGCAGCAGAAGAAGGAGUUCGGCAAGGAGAUGCUCAUCCUCUCCCAGAUCAACCACAAGAACAUCGUCAAGCUCCUGGGCUGCUGCCUCGAAGUGGAGGUCCCGAUGCUAGUCUACGAGUUCAUCGCCAAAAAUUGCAGAGAAACUGGUGGGCUGUCGGAGAGAGAGUCGCCGCCGUUGAGUGGGCCGCUGCUGUGCGAGAACACGGCGGGCGGGGCCAGGGUUGGGCACGUCGGCGGGCGCGACGGACGGGGGCAUGGUCGAGAGGGGCGGGCGGAGGCGGGAGCGGGCGCGCUGACGGGGGCGUGCGGCGGCGGCUUUGGUCCUGGUGGAAGACAUGGGAGGGAGAAAGGAGAGUGA